AAGCACGACGACAGCACGCCAAAGUUUCCUUUAAAUAUUUUCUUAUUUUUAUGUGUACGUGUUAUACGGAUAAACAACGUUAUCCAAAUAACAAUGAAAUAAUAGAAACAUAUUAGGUAAGGAAAUGUUUGCAAAAUGAAAUUGAUAAGUGUUUUAGCAUUGUAUUAAGAAGUGUGUAUAUACCAAAAGCAAUGUGUUAUAUAAUGUCGAUAUACCUUUAAACAACCUUCCCACUUUCCUACCCUUUCCUCUCUGCCUAACCAUUUCCUUUAAUCCUUCUUACUUCUUAUCUCGUUUUACUCAUAAUAUAAGAAAGGAAAAAAAUAAUUAUAAUAAUAAUAAUAAUAAUAAUGAUGAUGAUGAUGAUGAUGAUGAUGAUGAUGAUGAUGAUGAUGAUAAUGAUGAUGAUAUUAAUAAUAAAAAAUAACUAAAAAAGAUAACAUUGAUAAAGAGCAAAAAAAAUAAAUAAAUAAUAAAGAAUAAAAAAUGUAAGCCUUACAUGUAAGUAAAGUGAUAACAAACAUGCAAUUAGUUUCGACGUUCGUCGUGUAUACUCGGUGCGUAUAGCGCAUAAAAAAUGGAAAUAAUUAAAAAGCAAACGAAACAAAACAAGAAAUAAAAAAUAGAAGAUAAGGAAGGAAAAAAAAACAAAACAAAAAAUGUUAUUAUCGACACAAAGUUUCGGUGAUGCGUCGUGCCUAUUCUUUCACGUCCAGAGACGCGUUUCUCUGUGUAUAUCUAGCUGUUAAAACGGCAAUAAAUUUCAAAAAUCGCUCCUCUAGAUUAUAUACACCAUUAUUUUCUCUCUCUCUUUCUCUCUCUCUCUCUCUCUCUUUCUAUUUUAUAUACCGACGCACAUUUAUGGAGUGAAAAAAAGAAAUGAAACAGAACUUUACGAGUGACAUUACAACGUUACUUACUAAUCGACUCGCACGAAGAACAGAAGAACUGUUGUGAAAUGAAAAAUGAUCGACGGACCUUCUCACUUGUCGUAUCAUUCUCACCUGACGUUUCUUACGUAUCUUGAGGAGACUUUUCAAAGAGAAAAAAAUACCUUUUCUAAGUAUGAAAAAUGUUAACUGAGAUUGAACGAGGGUUUCGAUAUCAAAGAAAUUUUAAUUUUUUAUUCCUAUUCGUUUUAUAAUAUAUUCUCAAAGCGUUAGAGACAUAGACGAUGCAAUAAGGUGUAAUAGAACGUUGGGAUCGCAGUCGUAUCAAAGAGGCGUCAAAUUUGACACGUCUCUAAAUCUAUCAUUAGGCGUUACUAUAGCUUUACUAUAAUUUCGUGGCAUAUGCAUACUAGACGUUCGAAAGGAGGAUUAUGGCAAGUAAAUCGUCCAAGUACUUUUCAAUAAAGAUAGCACGGUUUCUAAUGAAAACCGUCGGUUUCUGGUAUCCUGAAACGUCUAAAGAAAAAUGGAUACUCGAUGGAAUAUUAUUUUACACGUUGAUGGCAGUAACGACGUCUUUGAUUAUAGUGUCUCUUGAUUUUUAUUACAGUUGGGGUGAUUUUUACGCGAUCACUUACACGGCGUGCAGUAUAAUGCCGGUGAUAAUAGUGUUACUUAAAAUAUCCAUAUUCAUAUUACAUCGUACAAAAAUGAUGAACUUAAUAAAGUAUACUCAGAACAAUUUUUGGUAUAGGAAAUACGACAAUUUUGGUGAAAAGAUAUUAAACGAUAUCGACAAUAAAGGAAUACUUUUGAUGUGUUCCUUUACGUUCUUUGUUCAAGGAACAGCUGUUACUUAUACGUUGACACCUAUAAUAGAAAAUUUAGGUAAAAAUGAUAGCGAUAGGAUUCUACCUUUCAAAAUAUGGAUCGACAUACCUUACUCAACGAGUCCUUAUUUCGAGACGUUAUUUAUGAUUGAGACUCUCGCCCUGAUACACACGGCCGUUUGUUUUGCCUGUUUCGAUAAUUUUUUAUGCCUCUUAAACAUGCACGCCGCCGGCCAAUUCAAAAUACUUCAGCACAAGCUCGAGACGAUUUUUGACUGGGAUAUCAAGGUUUCGUUAAAAACGAUCAUUUCUGUGAAUAAGAAGAGAUUAAAUGAUUGCAUUAAGAGGCACAAUGAAUUGAUUAAUUACGUUGAUAAAUUGGAGAACAUAUUUACUCACACGAUGAUGUGCCAAUUGUUAAUAUCAAGCAUAAUGCUUUGCGUUGCCGGAUUUCAAAUGUUCUUGUCGCAAGGAACAUUGAUAAGAAGAAUGAUAUUUAUCGCUCACACAAACGGCUGCUUUUUUCAACUUUUUGCAAUAACUUUGACGGCAAACGAGCUAUUAAUUGCCAGUCAAGGGGUGAGCGAGGGCGCGUAUGCCGCAAAUUGGCCCUUUCUGCCAUUAGAAAUUUUCGAUAACAUGGGUACAAGUCUCCUACUGAUUAUGAUCCGAGCCCAGAAACCAUGUUGCAUAACAGCCGGUGGAUUUUUUCCUGUUUCGCUCGAAACAUGUAUGGCGGUUUUGAAGACAGCAGCCUCUUACUUUACGUUAUUGAGAAAUAUCGAUGACGAAAAAAUUGCUAUAGCUUUGUGGAUCGAGGCGUAUGAUUUUUAUGUUAGCCUUGCUGAAUUCUACGCACUCACAUAUACCGCUUGCAGUGCAAUGCCGGUGGCAGUAAUUCUAAUGAAAUUAAUCAUAUUUUUACCUAAUCGAAAAGACAUCGUUAAAUUAAUUCGAUAUACCGAGGAAUGUUUUUGGUUUAAAGAGUAUGACGAGUUCGGUAAAAAGAUAUUGGAUGAGCUUUCGCAGAUUAUCGCAUUGAUACAUUCAGGACUUUGUUUCUGUUGUUUCGAUAUCUUUCUAUGCUUGUUGAAUCUAACGGUGGCUGGACAAUUCAAGAUUCUCCAACAUCGUUUGGAAAUUUUAUUCGAUAAUAGCAUAUUGUAUACCAAGAAUAACGAAUAUGUUAUCCACGAGGACGACGCUCCUGAAACUUUUCAAGAAUUCAAAAGAUGCGUCGAACAUCAUCGUAUGCUUAUCGAUUAUGUAGACGAAUUGGAAAGGAUAUUCGCGAUGGCUACUUUGUGCCAAUUGUUGAUGUCCAGCGUUAUGUUGUGCGUUGUCGGAUUUCAAGUUUUUGUGUCCCGUGGUAUUGCAACACGUCAGUUUUUAUUCGUCUCACAUACUUACGGUUGUAUCUUUCAAUUAUUCGUCAUAACGUCCGCUGCUAAUGAGGUAAUCGUCGAAAGUCAUGCCGUGGGUGACGCAGCUUACAAUGCUAAUUGGCAAACAAUAUCUUACGAGCCUUACAAGAAGAUUAAAAUGGGAAUUAUGAUGAUCAUGGCGAGAGCUGAUCGACCUUGUUACAUUACAGCCGGUGGCUUCUUUCCUGUGUCUCUUCAAACGUUUAUGGGGGUAACUAAUCUUCUAACGACGACGAAAUUAACAUUGAUUAACCUAUUUUCAUAUAAUAAGAUUAUUAAUUCAAGAAAUGAAACCGAUAGGAUACUACCAUUUACAAUGUGGAUUGAUCUACCUUUCUCCACGUCGCCAUAUUUUGAGAUGAUGUUCGUAAUACAGGUAUUAUCACUUUAUGGUGUUGGCAUUUGUUAUUUUUGUUUCGACAAUUUAUUAUGCAUCAUGAACAUUCAUACAGCAGGACAAUUUCGUAUUUUGCAGCAGCGUCUUGUUAAGAUUUAUCAAGAAAACGAUAUCUCUAAUUAUUAUCAAAUUGAUCAUUUACAAAAUGUUUAUAAUAGGUUUAAGGAACUUGUAAUACAGCAUCAAAUGCUCAUCAAAUAUUCCAAGGAUUUAAAUCACGUCUUUACUUUCAUUACACUCGGACAGGUAUUAAUAUUCAGUAUACUGAUAUGUCUUGUCGGCUAUGAAAUAUUUAUAUUUUCAUUCACGUUAAAGGCAGACGCGGCACCUACACGACGUGCUGUUUUCAUAUUUUAUAUAACAGGUACAAUGACUCAACUAAUGAUGUUCACAUACAGUUGUAAUAUAUUGGCAGAAGAGAGCAUGAAUGUCGCUGAGGCAGCAUAUUCCUCAUCAUGGACAUCUAUGCCGAUAAAUGAAAUCAGCAAAUUUUUGAAAAAAGGUCUUUUACUGAUUAUUAUCAGAGCUCGAAAACCUUGCAGCCUAUCAGCUGGUGGAUUCUUCUCCGUAUCUUUGGAAACUUAUACAGCAGUAAUGAGCACCGCAAUGUCCUAUUUUACAUUACUCAGACAACGCAGUUUGGAAGUAAUUGGUGUCUGAUUGUUAUCUACCAAGAGUUAACUCCAUGAAAGAUCUUCGUUAUUAAAUUUGUAAUAAAUGUAAUAUCGAUAAAAUAUUAUAAUGUUAAAUGAUAGUAUUAAAUAAUAUAAUUAUUUGAUAAAUUAUUAUUCAAUGACUUUUAAUUUUUCUCGUUAUUGUAAUAUAAAUAAGAAACAAUAUUCAAAUAGUUAUCCUCCGAUC